AUGAUUGCCGCAGAGCCCCGCACUUUACCAGAAGGAGAAUCGCCAGACUUGAUCCUAGUCCCCGCCACCCCCUCAGAGCGCAUUGCCUCCAUCAAACUGAACAGUUCGGAAUGGAAGGGUCCACUAGACGUGGACUCCUAUAUAGCUCGCGAGAACCAUCUACUCCAGCAGCGAUUGACCCGCGACGGACUGACGUGCUGGGUCCUAGUGGACCGACACGAGCCAGAAGAUAAUCGCACGAUUCUCAGCGCGUGUGAAUCCUACCGCAAGACUGCGUUCCUUGCUCAUGGGGGACGGGUCGAGAGGGUGGCCACGCACGGGGUGGGGAGUGUUUACUGCCGGGCUGAUUUCCGGGGGAAAGGGUAUGCGAAGCGGAUGAUGGAAGAGCUGAGUGUGAAGCUUGAGACGUGGGAGAUGGAAAGUGAGGUUAGGGGGAGGUCGUUGUUUACGGUGCUGUUUUCUGAUAUCGGGAAGAAGUUCUACGCCCAAUUUGGCUGGCGGCCUUUCUUAUCUUCGCAUAUGUCGUUACAGGCUAAGGAGGGUGGGGAUACGGGGGCACGAGAGCUGUUCGCGGAGGAUGUGCAGGUGAAAUUGUGCAGCGAGGAAGUUUUGGGGAAAUUGCAUGAUCGAAUGCUGGUGGCGUCGCAGAACUCGCCUGGUGCGAAGAUCGCUAUUGUGCCGGACUUUGAUCAUUUCGUGUGGCAUUGGGCUAGGGAGGAGUUCUAUGCGGAGAAUCUGUUCCCGCAGCGAUCUCCGCCGGUGGUCAAGGGCGCCGGUGUGGACGAGGCUGGUGUCUAUUGCGUCUGGAAUCGGAACUUCGGCGAGUUCCCUCAUGAAAACGUGCUUUACAUCCUGCGGUGGGUGUAUGAUGAGCCGACGUCGCCAACAGAAGAGCAAGCUGUGAUCCAGGCCAUGGCUGCCAUUCUCCGACGAGCUCAGCAUGAGGCGCACGAGUGGAACAUGGGCAAGAUUCACUUCUGGAACCCAACUCCUUUGCUGCAGAAGGCCGUGGCAUUGGUCGACCCGAAGUCCGAACUUGUGCACCGCGAAAAGGACAGCGUCGCUAGCUUGCGAUGGACGGGCGAGGCCCAAGGGUUGGGUAAAGACGUUGAAUGGUGGUUGAAUGAGAAGUACGCCUGGUGCUGA